UGUACGGAACCGAACAGGCGGAUAAUAAGACGGUACGUGUCGCUGCGUGUUGUUGGUGUUGUGACGCGAUGUGAGAUAACCCGACGAGGCUCGGACACUGACGUUAAACCGGCUGAACCGACUGUGGACUUGCAAGCCGCAGAGACUUGGGCUGACUUCAGUUAAAACAGCCCUGCGAUGUUUUUUUUUUUUGCAUUUCCCAGUGUCCUGAUAACUGCAGACUUCAACUCAAAGCAAUAGCACUUCACUGAACCAUCACUGGGAAACACGGAUACAUAGGCUUCAAACUUCAGUUCAGCAAACAGACAUCAUGUCUUCCAGGGAGCGUCGGUCCGAUGUCUACAUAAAAGCAGAACCGAGCAGUCCAGAAGGAGGAGGGGGAGGUCGGACUAGCCCUGGCGGGGCUUCCUCGGACUCCUCUCAAAGUGGAGGCGGAGGGACCAGAGGAGACGGCGUUAAACGUUACUCCCCGCCGCUCUAUACACCAGCUCUACGUUGCCACUUUAAAGAUGAGGGUGGUGAUGGGGCAGAGGAGGGCUCCACUGGAAACGGAGCAGGGCGAUGCAAGUACGCCCUGAGCACAUUACCCAAGAGGCUGUGUUUAGUGUGUGGGGAUGUGGCCUCAGGUUACCACUACGGCGUGGCUUCAUGUGAGGCCUGCAAAGCAUUCUUCAAGAGAACCAUCCAAGGUAACAUCGAAUACAGCUGCCCAGCAUCAAAUGAGUGUGAGAUCACCAAAAGGCGCAGAAAGGCUUGCCAAGCAUGCCGCUUCACCAAGUGCCUCAAAGUAGGCAUGUUGAAAGAGGGAGUUCGUCUUGACAGGGUCCGAGGUGGAAGACAAAAGUACAAGAGGCGCCCAGAAGUGGAGAAUGCAACGUACCAGAGUGCCCCUCUACCACUGACAAAGGAGAAUGAAAAAGGUUCCUCCAACAUCAUUGUGUCCCACCUUCUAGUGGCUGAGCCAGAGAAGUUAUUUGCUAUGCCCGACCCUCUGCAGCCCGACACAGCCCAGCGCACGCUCACCACCCUUUGUGACCUCGCUGACCGCGAGCUGGUCGUCAUCAUUGGCUGGGCCAAACACAUUCCUGGCUUUCUGUCGCUGUCUCUAGCAGACCAGAUGUCUGUGCUGCAGUCAGUUUGGCUGGAGGUGCUGGUGCUGGGUGUAGCGUACCGCUCGCUUGGCUGUGAAGACGAGGUAGUGUUCGCAGAGGAUUUUGUCCUUGAUGAGGAGAUGUCACGUGUCGCUGGACUGACAGAGCUAAACGGAGCAAUUAGUCAACUCGCUCGCCGUUUCCGUGCACUAAAUGUGGACCGGGAGGAGUUUGUCAUGUUAAAAGCCAUCGCACUCACUAACUCAGACUCUGUUUACAUCGAAGAUAUGGACGCUGUGCAGAAGCUGCGGGACCUCCUUCACCAGGCCCUGCUGGAGCUGGAAAGUCAGCGGCGCCCAGACGACCCUCAGCGGGCGGGACGCCUCCUUUUAACAUUGCCUCUCCUCCGACAGACUGCUGGACGAGCUCUUACCACCUUCUACAGCAUCAAGACCCGCGGUGGUAUACCCAUGCACAAACUGUUCCUGGAGAUGCUGGAAGCCAUGAUGGACUCUCCCUAGGAGGGAAAAGCAGCAGAAGUAGAGAUGAUGCAGAGAAAGACCCAACUGAGAUUUAGUCUUCAUGAGUGGAUGAGUGUUUUGUGAGAAAGAAAAGAUUUUAUUUGAUAAUUAAUGGAGGAAAAUGGUUAUUUUUCCCCUUUAGGCAACAUGAAGAAAGGAAAAGAAUAUGGGAAAAGAAAACGCUCAUGUAUUCAUGUUAAUAAGUGGGAAUUGGUUAUUAACAGUACGUUGUAACUGCCAAACUUCAGUAAAAGGUUCCAAGAUCCACAUUAGUGGAAAAAACUGAGAAAACAUUUAACAUGAAUACCAAGAUACUUCUCCUUUUCAACUAUUUUCAUGGUGUGUUCCAUCACAGCAUCAGUCUGCAGUAACGUAACCACUGAAGAACAACAUUUAGGUACCCAAGAACAGACUGCAACCAUGUGGCUUUUGAACUUUUUUAAAAUAAUGCAACAUCAACUCAUGAAAGCCAUAAUAACAUAUCGGGCGAAAGACUUGAGGGUCCAGUGUUGGAUCAGAUUGACAUGCACAUGGAGUGCUUGUAUUUACUAUAGUUUAGUGUGCCGUUGUAGGCAAAUUCAUAGGAAUUACUUGCAAUAUGUUAAAAGCAAUAUAAUGACUCGAUUAUUGUCUGUCACAUUUAAAAUGUGGAUAAAAUGGUGAGACAUCUAGUUGUGUGUAUGUCAGUAGUUCUCCACUCUCAGGACCCCAAGUACUGAUUUUAUUUAAAUUCAAGUGUAUAGACUGGUUUGGGUCGGGAUGCCACGAAUGAUGACAUGAGUUGACUUUAACGCCGGUAGAAGAGAAAACCGUCAUCACUUGGGAUGUUGAAAACUGGACUUGGGAACCAUUGGUCUACAUAGAUGCAGGAUACUUUAUAAAAGGUUGUGCAAUGGACUUAUAGUCCAGGAGAGAUGCAUAUGAAGACUGUACUCAUAAAAUGCUCUACUUGGAAGGUAAUAUAUUCAGUGUUGUUUGUAAAUCCUAUUGACACACAAAAGACUGGCUUCCAUAGAAGCAAGCGUGUGCGUACGUAUGUGUGCAGUCAAAACCAAUGAGCCACACUGAGAUCAGGGAAGAAAACUCUUUGACAUUAAAGCCAGUGUGGCAACAACAAUGGUUAGACAAGAAGUGCAUAUGCCUCAUCUGCUUUUUUAUAUGAUCGCCCUCCACUAGAUCGAACCACUAUUUUUGACUUCAGCAGCUGUGCUGUUCAAAAGUAAUGGCCUGACCUAUGUGACCUGUUUCAUUUUUGGGCUUUAAUGUGUAACACUAACCCAGAUGAUUGGUGUAACCUAUAUUUGCAAGGUGUAUGAUAAGAUUUAGCUGCAUUUUCUGCAGUAGAGAAGAACGUCGCAUAAAAGAUCUCCUUUGAUCCAAUGCGAGAUCCCUCCUCUGUGUACAUACGUCUGUUUAACUUGUAAGUGCCCAUAGUGGGCUCAGGGCAACAAGAAAUGCAACAUAUGCAACAUCUUCCUUUUGGAUGUUGAGACCUUGUCUGACAACAUCCUCAAAGUCCUACUCAUUGUUCAGCAGGUUUGUAUACAAUUUAAAUUAUCAUUAUAGUAAGCUUCACAGGCAAUGCACAGCUGAAGUAUCUGAUGUCAAAAUCAGAUCCCUAAAAAUAAUAUUUAGUGGUCAAAAGGCCAUGAAUCUUUUAGCCAUGUACAGUUCCAUUUAAAUGAAGAGAAACAUGCAAUUUAUAAUGAAACAUGAUAAAGCCAGCAAAUGUGACAUAUUCCCCAUUACAUUUAUGCUGUAUUUGUGCAGCUUAUAAUGUACUGAAAUUUGUAAAAACUUGAAACUUGCUUCUCCUUUCUAGGAUUUAAGGGUAUUUUAAUUACGUUGUGACACACUUGUGGGUUUGGUAUUGAACUGAAGCUGUUCAUUCUGGAUAUUAGGAAUGCUACAUGUUUUUUUUUUCUUUUUCUUUAUAUAAGCAGUGUGUGUGUUAUCUGAAGCUCAUUGUCAUUUUAGGGAUCAAUUUACAUGGCUCUAUACAUCCUGCGACAUGGUGAGGCUACAGGGGGGCUACCUCAGGAGGCAGAGUUAAGCCAGAUGGCCAGAUAACUGUGGAGACAAAUGUGAUUCUUGAUCUUUUGAUUUGUCUGGUUAAAUUUGGACAUUUGGGUAUAUUGAAUGUCUUGCACCUGAGAUCAUAUUUUCCUUUUUUUUUCAUAACUUUUAAGGUAUAUAUGGCUCAUCAGUCAUGCUUUAUAAGAUGCCCCACGGUACAAAGUGUCUCACACUGGAGGGCAAGCAAAUAGUUGGUCUGGUUCUACAAGAUUAAUGGUGCACCUCAAAAACAUGGCAGUUCAAAGUGAAAACGGUUCAACUUGUAACACAGGUGUUCUAUUAGCAACAGCUAGCACUGCAGAGCAGGGGCUGAUACUGUCUGAUUCACCUGUUUGUACGUGUUUUCACUGAUUUUGUUCAGUUCUUCGUGGGCCUGGAACAUGUGAAGUAAUACAGCAUGUAAUCGAUUACAGCUCACAUAUUCCUGUCAUCUAAAUAAAUGCUUUUGGUUCCUGAUUUGCUUACUAACCUAAUUUUCUCAAGUAGCAAUCAGAUUUCUGAAAUGAACAAAUAUAGAUGCAUGGCUCCAGUUAGAGCUGUUUAAAGUUUCUCGAUACAAACUUGGUCAUUCACACACAGGUAGAUUUUUCUUUAGCAUACAGUAUGUGUAUUUAGGUACGGUGGGUUAAGGGUGGAGGGUGGGUCAUUUGCAGUCAUUGUUUAAAUUAUACAGUCAUUUGUAGUUUCUACUAAAUACGUGCGCAUUAAUAUAAAUGAGCAAUACAAUAAAUUACCAAACCUCACACAUUUCCUUGUAUAGCCACACUGUACAUUUAACAUUGCCAGUUAUAAUGAAGAAUAGCUACUAAACGUUAUAUUAUUUAGAAGUUCAAAUCAAUGUUUGUAUUUUGAAAGACUAUUUAAAUGAUUAAAUUCUAUUUUUUACUCAAUUUACUGUUGUUUGUUGACACUGCUUUAUUUUUGUGUGUGAUAUUGGCUGUGAAUUUCUGUGUGUAGGCUUUUUUUUUUCUUCAUUUAGAUUAAACAGUUUGAUGUCCUUGUCUAAACAUGUCCACAUAAAAAUCACUGUGAAAAAAGUGAGAUCAUCCACUGUCUGAAGCAACAGAGGAGUGGAUUAUUGUAGGUGCUUUGUGUUGUGUAAUAAAUGGACACACCGCCAC